AUGGAGGGCUAUGAUACUAUGGCUAUGCCACCUUACCUGGCUAGCCCGCUAUCCCUCGGCAAUCUUCAAAGUACCGACUAUCUCAAUGCGAUGCCCGGCCUCGAUCUCCCAGAUCAACGCUCCAACUUCGACUCGGAGACCUUUGUCAGCGACGAUCUCGGGUUCGCCCAGCAUGGCAUACCGCAUACACUGAGGCGGCUGCCGUCCGGUUAUGAGGACCCUUUCACCGAUAUGGUCCCUCCAUUCGACCCCGUGCCUCCAGAGCAGCCCCAGGAUUCCUCAAUCGACCACAACAACAAGCUAUUGAGUUUCUCACUUCCCGCCUAUCAUUUCACUCUCCUCGACUACUCCAUGCGCCGCACGAACUUGUCCGUUUCCGCACAAUUACAUGGAAUGUUCUUCUUAGCCGAAUCGCCUUAUACCACCUCUCCAUCAGAGAACGCCCCGCCCCAGCAAGGCGCCGAACUGACUUGCUAUCGCCGUAAUCUCUUCCAGAUCACCGGCUCCGUUACACUGCCGCGAGGGAUGCGCUAUAUCAUGACUGACCAAGGAGACCGGAUCCCCAUUCUCGCCCAAGAACUCACCGUUUCUGCUACGGAAUCAGUAGAGGGAAACCCCGUCAAGAUUAUUUCCGUGCCCUGGAAGACCCCCUCUGCCGCGGCUGCUAACUCUGGCGCCACGCUCGAGGAUAGCGGCAGCGGCAGUACUACCAAGGUGGAGAAAGAACCUCCACCAAUCCCCCUUGAUAUCAUGGCUGGCCAGGAUCUGGAUACAGAUUACGCUACCUUUCCUAUUGCGUGGAAACGCCUACAGUUUCGUGUAGCUACCGCGAAUAACGGCCGUCGGAAGGAGUUACAACAGCACUUCGUGGUUCGAUUGAAGGUGGUGGCGACUCUAUCUACCGGGGCUAAGAUUGCCAUCUCAGAGGUGCAAUCAGGCCCGGUGAUUGUCCGAGGCCGUAGUCCUCGGAACUUCCAGUCUCGAAAGGACCUUCCGCUAAGCGGCAGCGCCGCCGCGUCCCGCAAGAAUCAAGCCAACUCAGCCGCAGCACUGAACCGCACCCCAACCAGCGAGUCUGUACCGCGUCGCGCCAGUGCGACCCCUGCCAAAGUCAAGGCUUCUUCCGGAACUGUUCAGAGUAGUUCUCCCGAGACCACGUCUGUUCCACCCCCUACUCUCAUGCAGCAACCCCAGGCCACUCCCGACUGGACUCCAAUCCCACAGGCCUCCAAUGUGAUGUCUCACCAAAACAUCUUCUCUCAUUCAAGUCCAGAGCAGCUUUCCCAUGCAGUAGAUCAUCAGCGGCGGGUCGGCGCUACGACAGCCCCCAGUGCAACGCCCAUCAAUCUGUCUUUGCUUGACGAAGAAGACGGCGGUGGUGACGCUUCCCUUCAGCUGGAUCAAAAGAUUAUGACUCCCUAUAUUAACGAACUCCCUCCUCAACCUUCAGUCAGCAUCGACCACUCAGUCCCACCUUCUAAAAUGCGAAAGCUCUCUCACAAUAUCUCUCACGCUCCUUCUCGGAGUGCUACAUCCUCCCUCCCGCUGCUAGAGACUGCCAACCUGCCCCAGCAAUUCGUGUCCUCAUUACCGUUUCCCAACGAGACCACCGACUUUUUAUAUGAAUACUUCCCCUUGGGUCUGGAUGAUUGGCAAGCACCCGUGGAUGCUGUGUAUCGACCUCAUGUGGUUCAUCACACGAACAUGCCGGAAAUGAAGUUUGUAGCCUCAAGAGGCCGCAACAAGCGGUACUUUGCGGCAGAAGAUGUCUUCUAA